GGAGUUGCAAGGCGGCUGAAGUAUUGUAUUGCCAAAGGAUAGCAGUCCACCCCACCCCAUCCCAUUACUGCCUAAAGGACCAGUGUGUUACCCAGCACCCGCCUGUCCUGUAUACAUGAUGAAGGUCGUUUGCCGCAUCCUCUUGGCUUCGUACGUCUUCUUCGCCGCUGUGGCCGCUCCCACGCGCAGGUCGGUGUCAACUUCCAUACACACAUCCAUCCAUCCUUCCGCGCUGUGUGUGUUGUGUGUGCGUGUGUGCCACAGAUCUCCCAGCACCAGCAGCAGCACCAGGGCCCUCCUGCAGCCAUCAAACAGACGUAAUCACCGUAGAUCUGACCACAAGCUACGCCUCCUGCCCAUUUUCUGCCCUUUGAUCCAUCUGUCCAUCUGUCAGAGGAGCCUGCGUCCUCCCAGCCGGCGGAGAGCACCGAAAGCAGCACCAGCAACAGCAGCGGGAGUGAGGAGCUGGCGAGCAAGAUGGAGAAGGACUUGGAGAUGAACUUCAACAAGAUCGCACCGUUCGGCAAAGAGGACACCGCGCAGGAACUGCAGGACCACGCCAGCAAGACACAGGUGGGUGGGUCAGGGGAGGGAGGAGGGAGGGAGGGAGGGAAGGAUGUGUGUGUGUAUGUGUGUGGUUUGGGUGUGGCUGUGGUCUCAUUUCUGCUUGGCACUCAGGAUGUGCUGGUUGAUGCGGUCGAGAACGCAGAGGUGGCCGAGAUCAAGCGGGCCGUAUUCCGGUACUCUACAGAAGGGAUACACUAUUCGACAGAGAAAGAUCCACACACACACGCAUGUGCUGUCUGUGUAUGUGCAGCGCUCUGACGCGUCUUCGUGCUGCUACUAUCAAGGAAUUCGACACCAUCGCGCGGCUCCAGACACAGGUAAGCAGCGACAGACCAGACCGCACCGACCAUGUGCCUUUCCUUCGCCCUACGUAUGUGUGUGUGGUCGUGCGUCGGUCGCUGUGUGUUGUCUGUCAGUCUAUCGACGCGUACAACGAUGCCCACCACUACCGGGGGGAGAACCCACUCACACACCUACACGAGGACGAGGUGCGCACCAACGAAGGAACGUGUGGAGCGUCGCAUUCCAUUCCACAGACAGCGCGUCACGUUCUCAUCCGUGUGUGUGUGUGCAGCCGCCGGUUGAGACCGACAAGCUCAAGUCCUUCCACUAACCUGCUCACGCACCAUACCAACCAACCAUUACCACACACAGCCACACCUUACUUACGAACAAACACAUCAACGGUCCCUCUCGUUAGCAUCGCAUCGCAUACACGGCAAUCCCCCUCCCUCUCUCCACACACAACACGGCUGGGCUGGGGUGCGUGCGGGUGGUCGUCAGCACCCCCUCCCACCUCCCACCUCUCUCUCUCUUUCUCUCUCUCUCUCUCUUGCGUGUGACUGCGUGUAUGGGGGCGAGGGGAGCGGGGCAGGCUGCUCUAGGGAGUGACUGAAUGUGUGUGUGCGUGUGUGCGUGUGUGGAUCCAUCCGUCGGUGGGGUGGUUGGCUAGGCUCUUGUAUCCAUUAUCCAUCGCAUGAGACCCGUAUUCAACCAUGUGGUUGGCGAGUCGAUAAUCGAUGCAGUCAGCAUUGAUAUGUA